CAUGCAGUCAAUGCAGUUAGAUAACGACAAGUCUGGACUAAACUGCGUUUUAGUUGCUGUAUGAUAACUCGGGUGACGUGGGGGAUCGCAGGAGCGCGCGCCUCUCCACACCAUGGAUCAUAUGGGAGCGCAUCUCCACCAGACGCACGCAGACACCAUCAGUUUUGGGAUCGAUCAGAUUCUCAACAAUGCAGACCAGGGGAGCUGCAUGAUCACCAACCCCAGAAUGCAGGACCUGGACUACGGUUUGGGCUGCAUAGUCAGCACAGCAUACAAUACCAUGACUGGUAACUACAACGUCAAUAACUCCUCUGGAUACAAUGGAAACUCUUGCAGCGUCGGGUCCUACAACAUGAACUUGGGCGCGAAUGUUAACGGAAAUUGCCUUAAUUCGUCGGGAGUGAUCCGGGUUCCUGCACACCGGCCGCUGGGCAGCGUUCACUCGUCCAUUCCCACAAGCGCUGCCACGGUGCCAAGUAUGGGAAGCAUGGGCACUAUUAACAAUCUCACGGGAUUAACGUUUCCGUGGAUGGAGAGUAACAGGAGAUAUACCAAAGACAGGUUUACAGUGGCCCUCUCACCGUUCACUGUAACACGCCGUAUAGGUCACCCGUACCAGAACCGAACACCUCCGAAGAAGAAGAAGCCCCGGACGUCGUUCACGCGCCUUCAGAUAUGUGAGCUGGAGAAACGCUUUCACCGUCAGAAGUAUCUGGCGUCAGCCGAGAGAGCAGCCUUAGCGAAAGCACUUAAAAUGACUGAUGCGCAGGUCAAAACAUGGUUCCAGAACAGAAGAACGAAAUGGAGGCGGCAGACAGCGGAGGAGAGAGAAGCCGAGCGACAACAAGCCAACCGAAUUCUAAUGCAGCUUCAGCAAGAAGCUUUUCAAAAGACUAUAAACCAGCCUGUUACUCCAGACCCAAUCUGUCUACACAACAGCUCUCUAUUCGCACUUCAGAACCUGCAGCCCUGGACUGAGAACACGGCAAAAAUCAGCAGCGUUCCCAACACUGACUGAUGGAGACUUGUGGACGCGCGGUGUACAGAGGAAUAUCCCAACAGCACAUUACUUCUUUUAACUAAAUUACUAUUUUAUUUGUAACAUGAAACUUGUUUAAAGUAACUUUAAUAAUUGCCUUUCUCGUGCAGAAUAAUCAGUUUUGAAAUUGAUUUUUAUAGGUUUGAUCAUUUCCAUUUUAAAAUGCAACGAACAAAUUGUUAUUGCGCAUUUGGUUUGUCUCUUGCGCAUUCAUUUUAUUUGGUAUAUACCAUACCUACUUCUAAGAUCUGACGCGUGUGAUAACACUUUAUAAUACCUUAAAUUAAACAUCACAACAUUUUACAAAUGAAAUAUAGAUAACAAACGUACGAGCCUUAGUUAAAUUAGGGGCUUUUCUAAAAGCAUAAUAAUUUAAUUUAAUUGAUAUUAGGUCAGAAAUCGCCACAGAACUAAUUGUGCAUGGGCUAUGUUAAAUUAGAACACCUAAAUGGAUAAAUAAAAUUGCCAUAGCACACAUCUUCCUCCGUCACUAGAAAAAGGCUCUCUGUUCUAAUACUUUUUUGUGGAGAAAAAGGAGCAUUACUGCUUGUUUGGUGAAGCUAAAACGAAUAGUGAACGCCACCUUUCUGAUGUAGCCUAUGAAAUAUACGGUAAGCGUCGUUAUUAAAAUCCUUUUUAUUGAAAGAAUAGGCACACGCAGGGUGAAAGGUUGCACUUCUUAACCCACAAUCGAGCGAAAACUAAAGUUUCUCUUUUACUGUCUUACGACGGUCUCUUUCACUUCUGACAGUUUACAGUCGCGAUACCCUCUGUCAGUAGAAUGUGAAUUGAAAAAUUAAGCUAUUAAAAUCGUUUAAUUGGGUGUACUUUGAAUAUAAAGGAAUUAAAAAGUAAAUGUAUCCAAGUUCAAAGUACUAAAUAGUCGAUUUGUUCAAUAUUUAAUAGCCUAUAUGCACAUUUUUAACUUGUUCCUACACUGAAAGAAAAUGGAUAAUAUUACAGUUAUUAUAAACUGUUAUCACAAAAUUAAUAUUAUUAUUAUUAUUAGGCUUACCAAUUUGGCUUUUGUUACUAUUUUUUUUUAUAAUCACAGAGGGACCGAAUUUUUGCACGUUUGUUAACCUAAGUGGGCUAACAUUUUUAAAAAUCGACACGAUUUAAAAGUAGUCUACAAGGGUCUACAUAAUGGAAUUUCAUUUGUUAUGCAACUAUGGUGAAGACGG